GCAUGUCCUCGUUACUCGUGACCUCAAUGGGGACACAAUUGAAACCCUCCUUCAAGUCAGCUGGUUUUGUGGGGUCAGGGUACUCAGUCUAUGGCGAUGAAACAAAAAAAGAAAACACGAGCUGUACGAGUUGCCCUACUCGAGGACCUCUUCUGCCUACAAACUGACCGAGGAGAGCAACACGAACAUGCCUGGCGUGUGGAUCUACGAGGUGGUGCAGAACUACAACGAGAAUGGCGACGACAUCUCCAUCAAGGGGGACCCCUACACCGCUACUCCUUCGAGGACCUAUGUCCAGGGGCUACCAUGCCCGUGGAUACCAUCUCUAUGUUCUACGAUCAAACAACAGACUUCGAACUGCAACCCUGCUCGGAGAAGCUUAAGUCCUGGAAGUCGAUUGAAAUCCGAUUUGUUGGAACUUUUGAGGUGGACGUAGACACAUACUAUGACGCUGCGAACUCAAAAAUUGAGUUUGAGUUUCCUCAGAUUUGGGGCGUGAACGAACCAGCGAAGGUGAUGCUGGUGCUUGAUCAUGUGCCUAUGGAAACUGGACUGACCGUGGAGUUCACGUCACCUCUUCAAGAGGCAUCUGCUUCUGAUGAUGUUGUCCUCCUGGAGGUGGUGAAGACAGAUACGACACUGGAGCUCACUUGGCCUGGUCUUAGUAUUGGCAGUACUGGCCCAGAUUUGGAACUAUUUCCAGUCGAAUCAGUUUCAGCCCCAGAUUUGGACAAAUCGGGAUACUCACUCUUGUCGGCUUUCGACAUGGGGAGUCUUAGUGAAGGCGAGAGUUCGGACACAUAUACCGAGUUCAGUGCCGGCUCUCUUUCAUCAGACCUGGGGACAUUCUCAGUGGUCAAAAUUACCAACACGUCUGGCAACGAUAGAGUGCUUGCAACUUCCAUUCCCGUCGUUGGGGUUCUGGAGACAACAUGCGACACUUGGGACCAAGUCGAGUCGCUGAGGGAUCUGACUAUGUGUGCAGAUAAACUGGAGUCUAACUACGCCUGCCCGACGGGAGAGGGCAACGAGACAGACGCUUCAUGGGCCGAAUCAGAAGUGUCUCAAGGAGCCCAGGGAUGGUACUACGACCUCUGUUGCAACCAAGAGGGAAAUCAAAAUGCCAACUCAGAGAAGGUCCGCAAAGCGGGAUACUGCGAACCUAGUCAAUGCACCUUCAACCUGGGAUCGGUUGAAUUCUGCAUCCGGUCUCCCAGUGUCCCAUGUGAGGAUGACGUAACUGGAUCGAGACAUUACGUAACCAACCAAUGUUGCUACAACGCAGAUGGAGAUCUUCUGAGAACCAAAAGCGAAGGUGCGGGAAGUAUGUCUCUUCAACCUGGAACCAUUGGAAACAUUUUUGCGCACUACGAUAUGGAUCUGAAGCCAUACAAUGAUUGUUGCAACGCUAAUGGUGAUGUCGACGAAAUUCACGAAGACUGCAGCAUCUACGAAACGCACCGACCGACUAUUUUGGGAACCUACAAAGCUAGUGUUACUGCAACUGCGCAGUUUGACCCUCACUUUUCAACUUCAGAUGGCUUAGUGUACUCCUACAUGGGUCUAGGUGUCUACACAUACUUGCUGACUAACCACAGUCAUCCAGUGAACUUCCAAAUUAGUACCCGUAAAUUUGGAGGAGGUACUAUGAUAUCUGGGUUUGCAUUGACCUAUGACGUCAUCAAGAUCGAAUGCUAUCGCGCUGAUUCUGGUGAAACUCACUUUUUCAUCAAUGGGGAAGACUUCUCGGCCGAGACGAUGACACCAUACACAAAACAUGGAGUGUAUGUUGAGCUGUUGGAGAAAGGAAUGAAACUGAACAUCCAGGAACUGCAGCUGAUUCUCAACGUGUACUACGUGCCUGGGAGGAACUUCAUAGCUAUAUAUACCACACUGCCCGAGUCUUUCCUUGGAAUGACAAAGGGUCUGAUCGGUUUUUAUGACGGAGACUCCUCCAACGACUUCACCGCUGAAGACGGUUCUGUCUUGCAUCCGAACACAGACAACGCAGUGCUGCACGAGUUGAUGGGAGACUCGUGGAAGGUGACGGAGCAAUCUGAUUGGCUGUUCGAGCAGACUGUGUUGCUGAUUGAGGAGGACUUGAACGAGGGCCCGAUGGAGGUGCCAACGUACACUGUGCCAUCUGGAGUGGCUGCUACCAUCACCCAGUCUUUCUGUGGAGACAACUACAACUGUAUUUUGGAUGUGUACUUGACCAAUGACUCAUCACUUGGAGCUGACUACACUGCAGCUUCCGAGUCCAACUUCCCAGGCACCAAAGCCGCUAUCUUCACCCGGAGGUCACACGAGGUCAACGCACCUCCGCAGUCACCGAUUACCACGACGCCAUCACUCUCCGAAACGCACUCGGCAGAAGGAUGGUUGCUGUUUGCCCUUUUGAUUGGGGCGAAGUUGGCUGUGUAACGUGUAAAAUUAUAUUUAUCCAUUGAAGUUUUUUUUUUAAAUUUCCUUCCGCAGUUUUGUAACAUUUUGAACAUCAUGUUUAACGAUCUCAGGAUUGCUUGCUCAUUCUUAUCGCGGAUGUUUCUGUAGCGGAAAAAGAUUUCACAGAAGUUUCAUUUUCUUUGUCUGAAAUCGACGAAAUUCUGUUACUCGGAUAACUUUAGAGUUUUAUUUGGAUCUCUCUUUAGAAACAAAACUCU